AUGACAAGGAUUUUGACAACUUGCAGAAUGGUGAAAACGUUGAAGGGUGGAUGUGGUGUUUUCCAUAGGGCUUUUCACCACAACUGGCCCUUUUCAAGAACUGGCAUCCGAUCACUGAGUUUGAAGGCACAGACAGCCAACUUGGUGCUGGAAGAUGGAACCAAGAUGAAGGGCUACUCCUUUGGUCAUCCAUCCUCUACUGCUGGGGAAGUUGUGUUCAAUACCGGCCUUGCUGGGUACGCAGAAAGUCUGACUGACCCCAGCUACCAUGGACAGAUUCUCACACUGGUUAAUCCCAUCAUAGGCAAUGGAGGCGUCCCCGACCCGGCAGCUUUGGAUGAAAUGGGCCUCAGUAAAUUCUUGGAAUCAGACGGUGUCAAGGCUUCAGGUUUGCUAGUGCUGGAUUAUAGCAACGACUACAGUCACUGGCAGGCAGUCCAGACCCUCGGGGAGUGGCUGAAACAGGAACAGGUCCCGGCUCUUUACGGUAUUGAUACCAGGAUGCUCUCCAAGAUAAUUCGAGACAAGGGAACUGUUCUCGGGAAGAUUGAGUUUGAGGGUCAGCCGGUGGAAUUCUUGGAUCCAAACAAGAGAAACUUGGUUGCUGAAGUUUCAACCAAGGACAUCAAAGUGUAUGGCAAAGGGAAUCCAAUAAAAGUCAUAGCUGUGGAUUGUGGACUAAAGCACAACGCUGUUCGCUUGCUCAUCAAGAGAGGUGCCGAGGUGCAUCUGGUUCCUUGGAAUCACGAUUUCACCAAGAUGGACUAUGAUGGACUUUUCAUUUCCGGUGGACCUGGGGAUCCAGCCCAAGCCAAAGAGCUCAUUGAGAACGUCAGGAAGGUUCUAGAGAGUGAUCGCCAAGAGCCGCUGUUUGGAAUCAGUUUGGGGAACCUCAUAACUGGCCUAGCCGCUGGAACCUCCUCCUACAAAAUGCCCAUGGCGAACAGAGGACAGAACCAACCAGUUGUGAACAUGAUAAAUGGACAGGCUUUCAUUACUGCUCAGAAUCAUGGCUAUGCGAUUGACAGCCGCUCCCUCCCUCCUGGCUGGAAGCCUCUCUUUGUGAAUGCCAACGAUCAAACAAAUGAGGGAAUCAUGCAUGAGACCAAGCCGGUUUUCACAGUACAGUUCUACCCAGAAGCCAACCCGGGCCCAACAGACACACAGUUUUUAUUUGAUUCAUUUAUUUCACUGAUCAAGAAGGGGAAAAGCACCAGCGUCGCUUCAGUGCUACCCAAGGCCACCGCCGGGACUUCAAGAGCUGAGGUUUCUAAAGUCCUGAUCUUGGGAUCUGGUGGCUUGUCGAUUGGUCAGGCUGGAGAAUUUGAUUAUUCCGGAUCACAGGCUGUCAAGGCCAUGAAGGAAGAAAACGUGAAAACCGUUCUGAUGAACCCCAAUAUCGCUUCAGUUCAGACCAACGAAGUGGGCUUGAAGCAAGCGGAUGCGGUUUAUUUCCUUCCCAUCACCCCCCAAUUUGUGACUGAGGUCAUCCGAGCAGAACGGCCGGAUGGGGUCAUCCUUGGUAUGGGUGGGCAGACGGCUCUCAACUGCGGAGUGGAGCUGUUCAAACGCGGCGUUCUGCAAGAGUACGGCGUGAAAGUCCUUGGAACGUCUGUUGAAUCCAUCAUGGCCACAGAGGACCGGCAGCUGUUUUCCAACAAGCUAAAUGAAAUUAAUGAGAAGAUUGCGCCCAGCUUUGCUGUGGAUUCGGUGAAUGAUGCUUUGGAGGCAGCAGAAAAAAUUGGCUAUCCUGUCAUGAUACGCUCUGCUUACGCCUUAGGUGGACUAGGAUCUGGUUUAUGUCAUGACAAGGAAGAGCUGAUGGAUCUGGGGACCAAGGCUUUUGCCAUGACUAGCCAACUCCUGGUGGAGAAAUCCCUUGUGGGGUGGAAGGAGAUCGAGUACGAAGUGGUGAGAGAUGCUGCUGACAACUGCAUCACAGUCUGUAACAUGGAAAACGUCGAUGCCAUGGGAGUCCAUACAGGAGAUUCCAUAGUGGUGGCCCCCAGCCAAACACUCUCAAACAAAGAGUUGCAGAUGUUACGGGAAUCGACCAUCAAGGUCGUCCGCCACUUGAACAUCAUUGGCGAGUGUAACAUCCAGUACGCCUUACAUCCCACUUCUCUGGAGUACUGCAUCAUUGAAGUCAAUGCCAGGCUCUCUCGGAGCUCCGCCUUAGCGUCGAAGGCCACAGGAUAUCCUUUGGCAUUUAUCGCUGCCAAAAUUGCCCUUGGGAUCCCCUUGCCGGAAAUCGAGAACGUGGUGUCAGGGAAGACAACAGCCUGUUUUGAGCCUAGCCUGGACUACAUCGUCACAAAGGUUCCCCGUUGGGAUCUGGACCGCUUUCAAGGUGCUUCCAGCAAGAUCGGAAGCUCAAUGAAGAGUGUGGGCGAGGUUAUGGCUAUCGGGCGUACCUUUGAGGAGAGCUUCCAGAAGGCCUUAAGGAUGUGCCACCACUCUGUUGACGGCUUCACGUCCCGUCUGCCAAUGAACAAAGACUGGUCCUCUAAUGUGGAUCUCAGGAAGGAGCUGGCGCAACCUUCCAGCACACGCGUGCACGCCAUUGCCAAGGCCUUGCACGACAAUGUCCCCGUGGAGGAUAUUCACAAGCUGACAUUCAUCGACAAAUGGUUCAUCUAUAAGAUGCGUGACAUUGUGACGAUGGAGAAGGACUUAAAAAGCCUAAGCAGUGAGUCCAUUCCAGAAGACAUCCUGAGGAAAGCCAAGCAGAUCGGCUUCUCCGACAAACAGAUUGGGAAAUGUCUGGGGGUGACGGAAACACAGAGCAGGGACUUGAGGCUCAAGAAGAACAUCACGCCGUGGGUGAAACAGAUCGACACCCUGGCAGGAGAAUACCCUGCUGUAACUAAUUACCUCUAUGUCACUUAUAAUGGCCAGGAGCACGAUGUAAAAUUUGAUGACCACGGAAUGAUGGUGCUGGGCUGUGGACCGUAUCACAUCGGCAGCAGCGUAGAAUUCGACUGGUGCGCCGUCUCUUGUAUCCGCACCUUGCGCCAGCUCCGCAGAAAGACUGUUGUGGUGAACUGCAACCCAGAGACAGUGAGCACGGAUUUCGACGAGUGUGACAGGCUCUACUUUGAUGAACUGUCACUGGAGAGAAUCUUGGACAUCUACCAGCGGGAGGCGUGUGACGGCUGCAUCAUCUCUGUGGGAGGUCAGAUUCCAAAUAAUCUGGCUGUGCCCCUUUGCAAGAAUGGGGUAAAGAUUAUGGGCACUGACCCUGUGCAGAUCGACCGUGCGGAGGACCGUGCUGUCUUCUCGGCUGUUCUCGAUGAGCUGCAGGUGGCUCAGGCACCCUGGAGAGCAGUGGAUUCUUUGGAAGAUGCUGUUGAAUUUGCAAACUUGGUCGGCUAUCCGUGUUUGCUGAGGCCUUCCUACGUUCUGAGUGGCUCAGCAAUGAAUGUAGUAUAUACCGAAAAAGAGAUGAAGAAAUUCUUGGCAGAGGCAACCAGAGUUUCACAGGAACACCCUGUUGUACUCACUAAAUUCAUUGAGGGAGCUCGAGAGGUGGAAAUGGAUGCUGUUGCAAAGAAUGGAAAGGUGAUCUGUCAUGCUGUCUCUGAGCACGUGGAGGAUGCUGGAGUUCAUUCGGGAGAUGCCACUGUGAUGUUUCCUGUCCAGACGAUCAGCCAAGGAGCUUUGGAGAAGGUGAAAAUUGCAACCAGAAAGAUUGCAAAGGCCUUUGCUAUCUCUGGACCAUUCAAUGUUCAGUUUCUCAUCCGGGGAAACGAUGUCUUGGUGAUUGAGUGCAACCUGCGUGCCUCGCGCUCGUUCCCGUUUGUGUCCAAGUCUCUCGGUCUGGACUUCAUCGACGUAGCCACAAAAGUGAUGACGGGGGAAAUAAUCCAUGAGUCUGACCUUCCUGGGCUGGAAAAACCCAUGAUCCCUUCAGACUAUGUGGGCAUCAAGGCUCCGAUGUUCUCCUGGCCUCGCCUGAGGGAUGUGGAUCCUGUUCUCCGAUGUGAAAUGGCAUCCACUGGGGAGGUGGCCUGUUUUGGAGAAAACAUUCACUCUGCUUUUAUGAAGGCAAUGCUGUCGACAGGAUUUAAGGUGCCGCAGAAAGGAAUCCUGCUUGGAAUCCAGCGUUCCUUCCGUCCCCAAUUCCUUGACGAAGCUGGGCGGCUGCAGGAGCGAGGCUUUAAGCUUUAUGCUACAGAAGCGACAUCGCAGUGGCUCAAUGCCAACGGCAUCGCGGCAUCUCCCGUAGUGUGGCCAUCCCAGGAAAGCCGGAACCCCACACUCCUUUCAGCCAAACAGCUCAUGAAGGAUGGGAGCAUAGACUUGGUCAUUAAUCUCUCCAAUCACAACACGCAGUUUGUCCACGACAAUUACCUGAUCCGCAGGACAGCGGUGGACAGAGGCAUCUCGCUCCUCACUAAUUUGCAGGUGGCAAAGCUCUUCACGGAAGCCAUCGAACACUCUGGAAAACUGGACUGCAAAAGCCUCUUCCACUACAGACAGUUCGACGCCGGCACGGCUGCAUAG